GGGGCCGCCUUUGUGCGGGGUCGGGGCUGUCCCAUCCCCAUCCCUGCUUUCUUCCUCGCUCUCCCGCGCCUCUCCGCACUUUCCCGUCCCACGGCAUCCCCAUGGCCGCCCCCCGGCCGGCGCACGGCUGCGGCAGCGGAGCGCUGCUGGGGCGCUUCGGGGUGCUGCUGCAGGCGCUGCUGGCUCUCUGCGCCUUCAGCACCCUCAUGCUAAAACGAUUUAAGGAGCCAAAGGCAGAGCGGCGCCCCUGGAGGAUAUGGUUUUACGAUACCUCCAAGCAAGCCAUAGGUGCCGUCUUCAUCCACUUUGCCAAUGUUUUUCUAUCUGAUCUCACUGAGGAGGACCCUUGCUCUCUCUACCUUAUUAAUUUCAUCCUGGAUGCCACGCUGGGGAUGCUGCUGAUCUGGCUGGGUGUGAAAGUUGUCUCCUGGAUUGUUCAGCACAAGAAAUACGCAUACCUGGUCUUUGGGGAGUAUGGUGACCCUCCACAAGCUGCUGCCUGGAUUGGCCAGUGUAUCCUCUACUUGCUGAUAAUGGUUUUUGAGAAGACUGUGAUUAGCCUUGUCCUGCUUAUCCCUGGUUGGACAAAGCUUCAGCAGAUCCUCCUGGGUUACAUCCCAAACCCUCAGCUGGAGCUCGUCCUGGUGAUGUUUGUUGUGCCUUUCAUAGUCAAUGCCAUUAUGUUCUGGGUUGUGGACAGCUUGAUCAUGAGGAAAUACAAGCAGAAGGAUGCCCUAGACAUCAAUGGAUCCACAGAAACCCCUCGGGCCAGGAGGACUGAGGAAUCUCAGGUGUUGCUGUCUCCAGACAUGGAUUUUGAUCAGUCUGAAAGCGACCAGGAUAUUCCAGGGCUCUGGGGAACCAACCAGAAGAUGAAGCAGCCCAGCUACCAAGUGGUCAUCUGACAGCAGAGGACAGCGGAGGUGGAGGAAGGAGCAGCACUGUGAUCCUUGAGCUGGCCAAGGAAGGGCAGGGUGGGGAAUACUGAGUGACCCUUGUGGAUCUGCAGAGAUCCUUUUGCCUGCCUCAUCUUAGAGCUAUCCUGCAAUUGUGGGUGCUGUCUGUGCAUCCUGAACAGGCUUGAGCAGUAUCUGCUUUACCUCUCUGCCCCACACGCAGGCACGUUGAGGUUGGGGAUACAGGGAUGGAUUUUCCCUGGCUGGACAACUGGGUGUGACUUUUUUUUUUUCUUUUGUCAGGGCUAGAGACUGAAAUGAAAAUAUUGUCUGGUUUUUUAAUAGAAAAAGAAAGGAAAAAAAGCUCUAUUCUGUAGUACCUGAACUGUGACACUUUUAUAUGCACAAUGCUCAAAAGAAUUGGUUUGCAAUAUGUAUUUAAAUGUCUUGAAUUGGGAAGCUUGUCCCAGUGGA